GCGGGCGGGGCAGCUGGGGCCCGGCCCAGAGCUCCGGGCGGUCGCAUUGUUUUCCUCCGCGGAGCCGCGGCGGGAGUGGGGUCUGCGACUCGACCUGGGCUCGCCCGACUGGACAGCGCCCGGCAGUGCAGAUCCAAGCUCCAUCCAACUCCGACGCUCAUCGUACCUCGCCAGAGCCCCCCACCACGGAUUGCGAAGUCGGCGCUGUGCGGGGCCGCUGCCCGCCCGCUGCGAUCUCGGUCCCGCUGGCCCGGAUCUCGGAGCAAGUACCCCGGAGCAGGGACUGGGCUGCAGGGAGGCAGGGAAGACAGGGCGCCGCAGGCUGGGGCCAAGCUUCCGAUGUGCGAGAGGGACCCGGGAGGUGCCAGCGCGCGCUGUGCCUGGCUGGCCGAGAGGGUCGGCGGAGUUGAGGUCAAAGGUCUCCGAUCCCCCUCAAACCCCCACCGGAGUCACCACCCCAGGGCCAGCAUAUGGGUGAGGGGGCACCCCCUGGGGCCUGAGCUGCCCCGCACAGAAUGCCCCGCGCCCCCCACUUCCUGCCCUUGCUGCUACUGCUGCUGCUGCUCUCACUUCCCCAAACCCAGGCCGCCUUUCCCCGGGACCCCCGCCCUCUGCUGACCUCUGACCUGCAAGGUACUUCCCCAUUAUCCUGGUUCCGGGGCCUGGAGGAUGACGCUGUGGUUGCAGAACUUGGGCUGGACUUUCAGAGAUUCCUGACCUUGAACCGGACCUUGCUAGUGGCUGCCCGGGACCACGUUUUCUCCUUCGAUCUUCAAGCUCAAGAAGAAGGGGAGGGGCUGGUACCCAACAAGUAUCUAACAUGGAGGAGCCAAGACGUGGAGAACUGCGCUGUGCGGGGGAAGUUGACGGACGAGUGCUACAACUACAUUCGUGUUCUGGUCCCCUGGGACUCGCAGACACUCCUUGCCUGUGGAACCAACUCUUUCAGCCCUGUGUGCCGCAGCUAUGGGGUCACUUCGCUGGAGCAGGAGGGUGAGGAGCUGAGCGGGCAGGCUCGAUGCCCCUUUGACACCACCCAGUCUAAUGUGGCCGUCUUUGCAGAGGGCAGCCUGUACUCGGCCACAGCUGCAGAUUUCCAGGCCAGUGAUGCUGUAGUUUACAGAAGCCUUGGGCCUCAGCCCCCACUCCGCUCCGCCAAGUACGACUCCAAGUGGCUCCGAGAGCCACACUUUGUCCAUGCCUUGGAAUAUGGAGACCAUGUCUACUUCUUCUUCCGAGAGGUCUCUGUGGAAGAUGCCCGGCUGGGGCGGGUGCAGUUCUCCCGGGUGGCCCGUGUGUGUAAGCGUGACAUGGGCGGCUCACCUCGGGCCUUGGACCGGCACUGGACAUCCUUCCUGAAGCUGCGGCUCAACUGCUCCGUCCCUGGGGACUCUGCCUUCUAUUUUGACGUCUUACAGGCCUUGACUGGGCCCGUGAACUUGUACGGCCGCUCUGCCCUCUUUGGAGUCUUCACCACCCAGACCAAUAGCAUCCCUGGCUCUGCGGUCUGCGCCUUCUACCUGGAUGAUAUUGAGCGUGGGUUUGAGGGCAAGUUCAAGGAACAGAGGAGUCUGGAUGGAGCCUGGACCCCUGUGUCUGAGGACAGGGUCCCCUCCCCCAGGCCAGGAUCCUGUGCAGGAGUAGGGGUAGCUGCCUUGUUCCCCUCUUCCCGAGAUCUCCCUGAUGAUGUCCUGACCUUCAUCAAGGCUCACCCACUGCUGGACCCCGCCGUGCCACCCGCCACCCACCAGCCUCUGCUCACCCUCACCAGCAGGGCUCUACUGACCCAGGUAGCUGUGGAUGGCACGGCUGGUCCCUACAGUAACACCACUGUCCUGUUCCUCGGCUCCAACGAUGGGACAGUGCUGAAGGUGCUGCCCCAGGGGGAGCAAGCUGGGGGACAGGAGCCCAUCCUGUUGGAAGAGAUCGAUGCCUACAACCCCGCCCGGUGCAGUGGGAAGCGGGCAGCCCAAACAGCGCGGCGCAUCGUAGGGCUGGAGCUGGACACGGAAGGUCACAGGCUCUUUGUGGCUUUUUCUGGCUGCAUCAUCUACCUCCCUCUCAGUCGGUGUGCCCGCCAUGGGGCCUGUCGGAGGAGCUGUCUGGCUUCUCAGGACCCGUACUGUGGAUGGCACAGCUCCAGAGGCUGUGUGGAUAUCAGGGGACCUGGUGGGACUGACGUGGACCCCGCUGGGAACCAGGAAUCCAUGGAGCACGGUGACUGCCAAGAUGGAGCUACCGGGAGUCAGUCUGGCACAGGGAAUUCUGCUUAUGUGCUUCUGGGUCCUGGCCCUUCCCCUGAGACCCCCAGUCCCCCCAGUGAUGCCCACCCCCGGCCCCAGUCUUCCACUCUUGGAGCUCACACUGAGGGCGUGCGCCGGGACCUCCCCGCAGCCUCAGCCUCCCGCUCCGUCCCCAUCCCACUGCUCCUGGCCUGUGUGGCCGCAGCCUUCGCCCUGGGCGCCUCAGUCUCUGGCCUCCUGGUCUCCUGCGCUUGUCGCCGUGCCCACCGACGUCGGAACAAGGACAUCGAGACCCCGGGGCUCCCACGCCCUCUCUCUCUUCGCAGCUUGGCCCGGUUGCACGGGCCAAGCGCUGAGCCGCCGCCACCGUCCAAGGACGCAGACGCGGCACAGACGCCCCAGCUCUACACCACCUUUCUGCCUCCACCCGAGGCCGGGCCCCCGCCGGAGCUGGCCUGCUUGCCCACCCCGGAGUCCACGCCAGAGCUGCCGGUCAAGCACCUCCGCAACGCCGGGGGUCCCUGGGAGUGGAACCAGAAUGGGAACAACGCCAAGGAGGGCCCGGGCCGGGCACGUGGUGGGAACGCGCUGAGCGGCCCGGUUCCGCGCGUGCUGGUGAGGCCGCCACCCCCCGGCUGUCCGGGGCAGGCUGUGGAAGUGACCACCCUGGAGGAACUGCUGCGCUACCUGCACGCCCCCCAGCCGCCCCGGAGGGGCUCUGAGCCCUCGGGCCCCCUGACCCCACGGGCGCUCCCGGAGCCCGCCCCGCCCCCCGCCCUCUUGGCCGGCUCCAGCCUCCUGCCCCGGGAAUGCGCCCCACCGCUGCGCCUGGACGUACCCCCAGACAAGCUCCCGGCAGCCCCUGGCCGGCCGGUCCCGGCUCCCCGCCUGGGGGUCGGGGGCAGCCGGAGGUUGCCUUUCUCCGCUCACCGUGUGCCCCCCGCCCUGCUCACUCGAGUCCCCUCGGGAGGCCCCUCUAGGUAUUCCGGGGGGCCCGGGAGACACCUCCUGUACCUGGGCCGCCCUGAAGGUUACCGGGGCCGCUCCCUGAAGAGGGUGGAUGUUGAAAAGCCCCAGCUGCCUCCGAAGCUCCCCCUGGUCGGGCCCUCCUCCCAGCCGGCUGUCCCCAACGGCAGCCAUUUUAACUUUUAAAAGGACCUGCUCCGCGACCUUGGCCAUGAGUGGGGACACGUCUCCAAGGACAGGUCACCUCCCUCUCUCCUUGUCCCACACCUCCAGCCUUCCUGGACUCUGAGAGUCUCCUGGGGUCCCUGCCCGCCUCGGGUUUAUUUAUUGACUGUCUUUCCCUCUGUCCCUCGAGAGAGGAGUGGGAGAUGAGAAGCUUGCCCCCUCAGUGAGCCAGCUUUUCGGGGGGGACCGGCACACUCCCACUCCCCCCUCCCUCAGCCAAGCUGCCUUAAUUUGCCCCUCUGGGCUUCCUCCCUGGACUGGGCCCCAGGUGGGCCGCAGGCGGACAGACGGAUGGGGUUGGGGCCACGUGCGUGUGUACAGAGUCCUCGGGCCUCCUGGGACGUGCCUCCUCCUACUGUGUAGGAGCCUCUGCUUCCCAAUACAGCUGUGUCCCCGAACCGCUGCCUGACUUCACUCGUGCAGGGGCGGGGCGGGGCGGGAGUCGGUCGCCCAGCUCCCAGCGCCUUCGCCCCUGAAUCUCUGCCUUCAUCUUGGCCUUGAGCUCUCCUGAGUAAUUGGGAAGGCUGCAGUCCCACCGGGGUUAAUCAGGAAAGGUUUCCUGAAGGAGACGAGGGAAGAAAGGGUGUGGAGAUGAACCAGGGCCCAAGAGACCCACGGUAGAGUUUAGGAGGGGUUGGGGCAUUCGGAGCACGUUUCUCGAUUGAGGGAAGAAGGACUUUUUUCCACAGCCUGUUCCAUGGGGUGGGGGAGGGUACUUUAGGGGAAAUAAAAUGAAGCCGCAGCGUAAGUUUCACAUCAGGAAAUCUUGUCCUAAAGAGAAUCAGGGGUGUUUGGGUUGCAUGAGGGGUAGACUACCAAAACAGGAAAGGAUUCAGCCCUGUUGGUGGAAAGGGUCGGCCCCAGCUGUUCCCUAAGGAAAAGUUCCCCUUCGCGGAGCGCGAGGGGGGGUUCGAGAAGGCAUGUCAUCGCGCGCAUGCGUGGCCUCGAGGCGCCCGGGGUCGCACUCAGCCCCGCGCGCCGAAGAUCUGCAAGCGUGCGGCCGUCGUGAUGUUCCUCUGUCUGGGGCUGGCUGCAAAUACCUGUCCGUCACGCCGGGGACCAAUGGGAGGGACGAACGUGACCGCAUGCCCCGCCCACUACCUCGCAAUGAGGACACUUAAGGCCUCGCGCCAGCUGUGGCUGCUUUUGCGGAUUUACAAGUCGGGUUUUUUGCCGGCGCGUGUCCGCCCAGUUGGGGCCCCAGGCCAUCCUCCCGCUGGCACCGCCUGGAGGCCGGACCAAACCCUGCAGAUAAGGACCACUGCCCAGUCGCCCCCCAGUUCGCUGCCUAAAUGCCUUGGGCGGGAAACCACUUAGAACAAUUUGUUGAAGAACCCUAGAAUUGUUUCUAACUCCGCCCUUUACUACUUGUGAUCCUGACAAGUCAAAGCUCCACCCUGUUUGCGUUCCCUUAUCUGGAAAAUGGGGUUGAGACACUCAAGUGGGAUCACAUAUGUAAAAACACUUUCUAAAGGAGAAAGCAUGGUAGCUUGGGAGCUGGUGGUUCCUCCAAACUCAGGCUUAGGCUGUUCCUCACUUUGCGAUCUUCUAAGCAAUCCGUUUCCCUGUGUGUCCUCGUAAGCUUCCUUUACGGAUUUUACCCUCAAGGGUUUGAAAUGCCCUCUGAACAUUCCUCCCACUUCAGCUUGAUCGCCACAUCUGAGCUUGUUUCACCAGGUUGGAGAGGUCCUUUCAGUCUGUUUCCCCCUCCUCGGAUGCCUUUCUUAAACCAAGAUGAUUUGAAAGCAUUGAUCGUUUCCUAGAUGGUAGAGGAGAGAGAGCUAGGAGUAGAGAAUCCUCUUCAAACCAAAGUAAGAAAGCCAGGACAAAGAAAAGAUUUUAAAGCUGCAGCCUUUUACUGUCCUCUCGAGGGCCAAGUCUCACAAAUACUUAGUCCUUGCUCUAAGGUGGUCACAAGGAAAGGGGUAAAUGAUCCUCAGGUUUAAAUAUAGACCCAAAAGAGAAGUACAAUAGAAAUUUAACCUUGUGACUUUGCAGGCAGCAGCAAUUUACAGGUUAAAGUCCUGGUUGCCGUUUAAUUGUGAAAGGUGUUCAUUUCUCAGUAUUUAUAAAGUAUGGCCACUUCUCUAACGGAGAGUGCCUAAGCUGGACUCUCAGAACCUUCUGAGGGCUACUGAAAACAACUAUAUUGCAGUGAGAGUAACAGUCCUUGGACUCUGCCACUUAAUAGUUUUGUGUGUGACCUUGCCAAUUCAGUUGCCCUCUCUGAAUCUCAGUUUCUUUUGUAAAUAUGGAAAGAACAUAUGCCCAACAGGAGUUUAUAAAGCACCAUAGAAAUUAUGGGUUUAAAUUAAGUGCUUCGUGGGAAAUGGUUAUUUGCUCAAAAUAAAGUCGACUACUCCCAAGUAUGCAAUUCAUUCGUACUCAUGAAAUACCUGAAAUACCCUGACAGAGAGCAGUGAAUAGUAAAUUAAGGCGGUGAAUUCAAAGAAAUUAUUUU